CAGGGGUAAACUACUUGUAGUUAUUUUAUCUUGCUUAAAGCAAACGUAGUAAAAUUUUAUUUUUAUGAAAGCAGUCUUCAAUUCUCCUAUCUGUUGUGGACUCCAGUGGCACCUAGAUUUGUAUAUUACAUUAUAAUACCGGAGGGUUAGUAACGUCAUCAACUUGAACUCAGGGGAUGAAGGAACUGUGUGCAUAAUCUAAGGUUCUUAUUACUGAUCCUUCGCAUUUAAUUAGGUCUUUGUAAGUCUAAGGUACCCGUAGUCAUUUUUAUGAGUUUUCUCAUAACUUCCCUGUGAGAUGUCAACUUUAUUACCCUCACUUUAUCUUAGUAUUAUCAAGAGGUAAGGCGGAUUUAAAUUUCAUUUUUUCCUGUUUGUAAUUAAGAUUCUUUUUUUUUGGAUCAUGUACUUAACUUUAACCCAUAUCUGAUAGAAUGACUGCUCAGGUCAGAUGUGACCCUUCCCCCCUCCACCCAGAGGAAAGCAAUUACUAAGCUGGGUUUUGAAAGAGCCUUAAAGUAAUUGUGAUUAUAAACAUUGGCCUGAGUGCCCAGCCCCAGGAGGAAUCAGAUGGUAACUAAUUAAUAAAACAGAAGCCAUGAAGAGUGUAAAAGUCAGGCAGCUAGGUGAAGAAAAAUUGUAUAUGCUUCUUCUCCCUUCUGGCUUAGUGUUCUUGGACGUUUGUUGCAGUUUUCCGGGAGAUGUGUUUACUGCGGUGUUUUUUGUUUUUUUGUGUUUUUUUCUGUGCUUUUUGAUGUAGGGAGCCAGGAAGCAAGAAGGCAGCUCCGGGUGGGGAUGUUAAUGGCUGGUGAUCUGUGAAGGUUUUACCCACCUGGUGGAUAGGCUUCUUUUCCUCGCUGUCUUGCCCCAUCAUUACUUUUCCCCUAUUCAUCGCCACCUUUCUCGUCUGACCCCUUGAUCAGGUCCAGUGAGCUCCUGACCGCCACCUAUGGACUCCCGCAAAUCCCCGAAGGAAACGGUCCUUAUUACAGGAGGAGGUGGCUAUUUUGGUUUCCGCCUAGGCUGUGCUCUGAACCAGAAAGGAUUCCACGUGAUUCUCUUUGACAUCAAAAGCCCUGCCCAUCCCUUGCCAGAGGGAGUCAAGUUUAUACACGGAGACAUUCGCCACCUCUGUGAUGUGGAGAAAGCCUUCCAGGAUGCGGACAUUGCAUGUGUGUUCCAUAUCGCCUCUUACGGCAUGUCGGGGCGGGAGCAGCUGAAUCGAAGCCUGAUUGAAGAAGUCAACGUCGGGGGCACAGACCACAUCCUCCAGGUUUGCAGGAGGAGAGGGGUGCCAAGGUUAGUUUACACUAGCACUUUCAAUGUCAUCUUUGGAGGUCAAGUUAUCAGAAAUGGAGAUGAAUCUCUGCCUUACCUACCUCUUCACCUCCAUCCUGAUCACUACUCUCGGACCAAAUCUAUUGCAGAAAAGAAAGUGCUGGAGGCCAAUGGUGCUACCCUGGUAAGAAGUGAUGGUGUCUUGAGAACCUGUGCUCUGAGGCCGGCUGGCAUCUACGGGCCUGGAGAACAAAGGCACCUUCCCAGGAUAGUGAGCUACAUUGAGAGGGGUCUCUUCAAGUUUGUGUAUGGGGAUCCUGGGAGCCUGGUUGAAUUUGUCCACGUGGAUAACUUGGUCCAGGCUCACAUUCUGGCCUCAGAGGCCCUGACAGCUGCCAAGGGCCACGUGGCCUCUGGGCAGCCCUACUUCAUUUCGGACGGCAGACCCGUGAACAACUUUGAGUUCCUCCGGCCUCUGGUUGAGGGCCUGGGCUACAGGUUCCCAUCCAUCCGCCUGCCCUUGACCCUCAUCUACUGUUUUGCUUUCCUGACAGAAAUGGCUCACUUCCUUUUUGGUCGGGUCUACAACUUCCAGCCCUUCCUCACCCGCACAGAAGUUUACAAAACUGGCGUCACACAUUACUUUAGUCUAGAGAAGGCCAAGAAGGAGCUGGGUUAUGAGGCUCAGCCAUUUGACCUCCAGGAAGUAGUCGACUGGUUUAAAGCACAUGGCCAUGGCAGAAGUCCUGGGGGUCAUGCCUCCGGGUGUCUUGUUUGGGAUGGGCUGACGGUCUUCCUCUUGAUCAUAGUGGUUCUCAUAUGGCUGCCUUCUCCUGUGGCUCCAUCACUCUGAAGGAGCUAGAAACACGGAUGGGAUCACACUUGUUGAGAUGGUUUUCAAGAAACACAGUAUUAAACAAUGUAUCUAUCUCUAUCUAAAUAAAUCUACACCAAUAUCUAGAUAGAUGGACACAAAUGGAUACCUGGUAGCAAAUCUUGGCUCCUCAAAUUGCUACUUAAUAGAUUCUUGGAAGGGCACUUGGGUGACUUAGUCGACUCUUGAUCUCGGCUCAGGUCGUGAUCUCACGGUUUGUGAGCUCGAGUGGCAGGGAGACUGCUUGGGAUUCUCUUUCUCCUUCUCUCUCCCCACACCCCACCUCAAAAUGAAUCAAUAACUUAAAAAAAAAAAAAAAAGAAAAGAAAUAAAAGAACAGAUUCUUGGAUGAAGUCUUCAUUUCUUACCUUCUUGCACCAAACAAACCAUGAUAGGAGAAAAAAAGAAGCAAAGAUCAGUUUGAGAUGCGGUUUCUUGUGUCUUCCUCGAGAUGAGGAAAAUUGGAAAUGUCUUGAGUUUCUCAGAAGUCAAAAAUGUACUUACUUCUGUCCUCUACUAUCUCUAUCCAGUUACAGUAGACUAAAAUGUGCGCUGAUACGGGAGUGGCAAAACACUGACAGGCUUGAAACUGUGUGAAAACCACCAAAUUGGGUCAGAUCCCUACAGACCGACCCUCUGAGGAGGUGGAAGCUUUUGAGAGACAUUAUAUUAGCCAUUCAUUCCUGUAGUUUUUAGGAGUUACUCUUUGCCCUUUAUGAUAUAAGGGCGUUACACCUGUGUGAUCACAUGGUAAGGUUUGAUUUUUAAACAAAUAGAACUGUGUCUUACCUCAUAGGAUUCUUUUGAGGAUUAAAUUAGACAAGACGUAUCAAGUGCCACUCAACACACACAAGUCAUUAUUUUAAUUAAUAUCGUUGCCGUACAUUCCUGAUACAAACCCUUAUGAGGGUUUUCUUCCUCAGGGGAGUUCUGUUCAGAGGUGUUAGUGUUCUGUUAGUGCUAUCGCUCUAACCUUUCUGGAAUGUCUUUGGGGUAAGCCCCUCAGAGUCUGUAACCAGCACGUUUGCAUAUGCUCAGUGUUUGUAAAGUUUUGGUCUCUGAGCAUAGAGUAACAUUUAGGAAACGGCUAAAAAUCCGAUUAAGGAAGAUGGUCAAGGGAAUGAUGCUAUUUGUAAUUUAGAAAUGAAACAUAACUCUGAACUAAAAGACUGCUUUUCUUCCGGGAAGAGGUUUUGUUCUCUGAAGGCAGCUUCCAAUGAGGAAUGUUUUGAAGGGUGUCAUUACCCUCCAGCCACUCCUGAGGACUGCUGUGUAAGACAUUCAGUUUGUACAGUUGCAUAGGAACCAACGUGGAAAGAAGACAGAGGAUCUUCACCCCUUCCCCAAUUCCAGUUUCAGAAAAGCCAGUAUUAAAGCAUAAGGCAGAUAGAUUGCUGCGGAAGGUGACGUUCGAGCUGUUUUGAGAUUAUUUGUAGAAAGAAGAUGCCAGGUGAAUAGUCCCUGGUUAAUGCUGCCUGGAUCUUUUGG